UUCGUCAAAUCAACCUUGAAAAGAUCAAAUCAUUUAAUUGAUGACAACUUUUCACGCGCUUCUAGACUGUCACAGCCCAAUAUGGACCAAUCGGCCGUUACGAGCCUUCUGGGUUGCUUUCCUGACUUCGACUCCUUUUGGCAGGAUGUUCUGGACGAGGUCUCCAGCUUGCAUGAAGAUUUCAACCUUAUUAAUCAAUUAAAGGGCAACUAUUGGUCACCAUCCGAAAAAGCCAACAGCCAAUCACAGCUUGUAGAUCAUGAAAACGGGAUGGAAUAUCCUGAUGUCUCCGAGGACAAUUUAACCAAUUUGAACGAACAAACAAUCGGUAACAACAACAGCCGACUUCGGAAAAAUCAAAUGAAAACGCCCAAAACACCGCGCCCUCUCACUCUUACAGCAGCCGCACGAGCCCAAGAAGCGAGAAAACGAAAACAGAGCAACGAACGAAAAUAGAAAGCGUUUCAUUUACUUCUAUUCUAGCUCACACACCCGCCGUUCACACCUCGAUCACAUGUUUUUAUUUUGUUUGACAGAUUUAUUUUUUCAAACACAGCUGAAUUAUUCUAUUUUUCACGUUGCAUUUUUCAAGUUUUGUGAAUUUAUUUAGCCCAAUUUGUGGAACUGUAUGCUAGUAUGCUCAACAGCAAAAAGAAUGUGGCCUUAAAAUUAUUCGAAUUGUUAUGAAAUUGAACUGUAUUGUAAAUUAAAUAUUUUUUUUUGUAAGUUUUGGAUGCUAUUUGCAGUUUAAAUAAACCUAAACUGUCAUCAUCGUUGAUUAAAUUUGAU